GGAAUAUUUAAUUUGUAUGGCUGAAAUAGGUGAAGAAAUAACAAUAAAAAGAAAAAAAUAAUAUGGAUUGUGCUCUAAAUUAUGGUGUUUAAGAUGCAUGAAUUGUUGUAAAGUAUAAAAUAUUUAAAUAAUAUAUUUUUACUAUUUUAGGCUGAUGAUAUUUCAAUAUUAACAUCUCGAAAUAGAAAAGAAUUGUCAGUUAAAUUGAUGGCUAAGUAUUAAAAUGAGAUAUAAUUGGUAUUUGAUAAUGUAUAAAUAUUCAGAAUCCUGAUGAGAUUCAAGUUUUAGAUGUAUUAAUAUUAUUGUAUACAUUGGAUGAAAAAUCUUGGGCCUAUUAAUAUUUAUAUUAAUGUAAGUUAAUUUCGAAUGAUGAGAAUCCAAGGAAUGAUUUGGAAUUUUAUAUUCCAUAACUAAUGAAUUACUUAGUGUUUCAUGAAGAAAUGUUGAAUGUAAGUUAAUUUAUUAAUUUUAGGAAAACAUAAGUUAAUUCAUACUUACAUCAUGCAUUCAGAAUUUCUACUUUGCAUAAUUAGUAUAUUGGACACUAUAUUCAAUCAGUGCUAUUGUAUUUAACAAUUAAGUAACAGAAUUCUAAAAGUAACAUAAUUAAUUUAAAUUAAGAGUAAAACUGUACUUAUAAAAUCUAAUCAAAAGAAUGGUUAUGAAUCAUGAAACAAAUUAUAAUGAAAAUGAAUAAGAUGAAAAGAUAUAAGAAGUAAUUUCUAAUUAUGGUACACCAUAAUUUGAUUAACAAUCUUUAAAAUGUUUAAUCUUACCUCAACAUAUACAAUUGUCUAAAUAUAUAUCAUUAGAUUAAUAAGAAGGAUAUGAUUUUAUGUCUUGUAUUCAUUUUUGGAAUGAUAUCAUAUCUAUCUCAGAUAAAUUAAAAUUUGCUGAUCCUUAAAUAAUAUCUUUGAGAGCUGAUUUAUCCUUAAUUAAUACAAAAUUACCUGCUAAUGUUUAUAUUCCAUUUGUUAAAGGUAUUAUUAUUAUAUCUAAAUUUAAUAGAUUAAUUAAGACAUUAUACUAUUCUAAAUAUUGUUGUUUAAGAAACUAAAAUAUUUUCAACAAAAGAAAGAGCUCCAUUUUAUAUUUGUUUAGAAGUUUAUAAUGUUGAAAAAGAAGAAAAUAAAUUUGAUGAUAAAAGAGAAAGAAAAAAUUCAGAAUUUAAUGUUGAAUUCUCUAUGUUAAGUGAUUUUAAAAGCCAAUCUAACUUAGCUAUAUCAUAAAUUUCUAAUUAAAGUUAAGGAGUUUGUAAAAUAUUUAUUCUAACUAGCUGAAUGUUACGAAAUAGAAUUAAGUAAAAAAGAAGAAUUAAAAAAAAAUAAUAACAUCUCAUUAGAUUUUGAAAAAAUUGGUUAAGAGAUCUUUGGUGAAGAUUCUAAUUCAAUAAGUGAAAGAAUUAGAUAAUAAUCUCCUUAUUGUCAUUUUCGAUCUUGGAGAUUAGUUCAUCUAAUUGUCAAAACUGGUGAUAAUUUGAAGCAAGAACAAUUUGCUUUAUAAUUAAUAAACUAAUUUCAUAUGAUUUUCUAAAAAGAAAGAUUACCAUUAAAAUUAACUACUUAUGACAUUCAAUCUCUAGGACCUAGCUCAGGUAUUAUGGAAAUGGUUAAAGAUGCUGCUACAAUAGAUUCUCUUAAGAAAAAAUUAAAUUCAAUUGAUAAAGAUAUAACUUUGAGUCAAUUUUUCAAAAAAUAUUAUGCAUCAAAUUUACAAAAAGCUUAAAGAAACUUUUGUAGUAGUUUAGCUGCUUAUAGUUUAAUUUGUUAUUUCUUAUAAAUAAAAGACAGACAUAAUGGAAAUAUAUUGUUGCAUAAGUCUGGGAAAAUCUUACAUAUUGAUUUUGGAUAUUUUAUUAGUAUAUCUCCUGGAAAAGGAUUGGAAUUUGAAAAAAAUGUUCCUUUCAAAUUACUUUCUGAAUAUAUUGAUGUUUUAGGUGGAACUAAAUCUGAAUUAUUCAAUUUAUUUAGAAAAUUAUUUUUUAUGGGAUUUCUAGCUUGUAAAAAACAUUAAGAUUAAAUUCUAUUACUUGUUAAAAUGAUGUAUAGUGGACAUGGAUAUACUUUACCAUGUUUUAGUAAAGGUGAAAGUGCAAUUCAUGAACUUGAAUCCAGAUUUAAUCCACCAUGUUCUAAUGAUGGAGAUAUAUCUGUAUUUACUUAAAAGUAAUUAAUUAAAAUAUUUUAGUCUAAUCAAUUAAUCUCUUGAUAAUUGGAGAGCAAAGUGGUAUGAUAAAUUUUAAUAUUACUUUUAAGGAAUAUUCUAUUGA